ACAACCCUUUGUUUAGCAAUCUAGUCUCCAAGCUACAGGGCCAGCUGUUUGCUAUCAUCUCCUGGUGUGUGGGGAAAUAUUGUCUGUGCCAAGACCAGCAGGAAUCAGCAGAGAGCAAGCCCUUGGGGGACGCAUUUACCCAGGGAGCUGGGACUCCCGGCUCAGCUCUCUCCCACUGUCCUGGACAUACUCCCACACCCUGCUGCACCCAGAUCCUUCCACCUGGGAUAAAAAACUGGACUGUGAGCCAAGGAGGUUGAGCCAGUGGAGAACUCUGCCAGUGUCUGGGCUGGUGUUGCUAUUGAGGGGGAGGGGCUGAGGAGCGGGAAUUCAAAGAGACUUUGCAGCAGCUGGGAGUGUGGAUUUCGGUUCCACUCUCUUCAGGGAUGGGGGUCCAAGUGCCAAACUUUGGGUGUUUCCCUACAGACCCGUGAAUCCCCAGGGGUUCCAUGGGCAGCUCUGAGAUGGUGAUGCAGGGGAAAAGGGGGUGUAUUUAAUCAUUGGAACAAUUCACCAAGGGACGUGGUGGAUUCUCCAUCACUGACAAUUAUUAAAUCAAGCCUGGACGUUUUAUGUAUAAGAUCUGCUCUAUGAAUUAUUUGGGGAAGUUCUCUGGCCUAUGUUCUACAAGAGGUCAGACUGUGUAGGCACACCCUGUCCCCCUGUGGGGUGUAUCGUGGGUGUGGUGACACCGUGGUAACAGUCUACCAGAUUAUCCUGGGCCUCACAACAGUGCGACCCAGUGGCCAGAGACAAUACAGUGGCCCUUGAAUGCAGGGCAGCGUGGCCUAGUGGCUGGAGUCAAUACAGCGGCCCUCGAGUGCAGGGCAGCAUGUCCUAGUGGCUGGAGUCAAUACAGCGGCCCUUGUGGGCAGGGUUGUGUGGCCUAGUGGCCAGAUCCAGGGGGCUUCCAUCAAAGUGGGUGUGGCAGUUGGGGUAGGGGGACCCAGGCCCCCCAGGCUCCACCAGGUCAUGACCCAGGGCCCUAAUAGUGGCAGAGUGGUCCACCACUGGGUCAAUGGGGAAUUCAACUGCAAGACGCUGACUUUCCAUGGGUAGGAGAUACUACUCACUCCACUUCCCUGGGCUACCUCCUGCUAUGUUUCCUAUAGCUGUAGUCUGUAUGGCAUCAGGGUCUCAGGGCUCCUCAGCGCAGGUUACUCCCUGGAAUUCCGACACCCCACCACUCAUCUGUAGGCAACAGGUCUCCGGUCUAGUUCUUAGGAUCUCUGGCUCCCGCACAUAAGGGCUGUAAUGGCUCCUGGGCUGAAGCCUCUACCAAGCAUCCUUCCUCCUUGGCAGUCUGCCCAGACUGAGCUGGGCUGCUCUCCUUUAUACUAGCACAGCAGUUGGAGCAUGACCAGCAUGGUCAGAGGGGUGGGACUUCAUCCACCCACAGUGUGGGAUCAAUCCUCCCCUGCCUAGUGCGGAGUAUGCACACCCCGUCACAGACUAGAUGAUCAGAAUGAUCCCUUCUGGCAUGGGAAUCUAUGAAUCUAUUAAACCUGCUAAUGUAUUAGCAACAGUACAUCUCCAAUUUGAUGACUAUAUGACUUUUGUCUCUGUAGCAGGAAAUUUUCAGAACUUCUUUCAAGUGAAAGUUGUAACUCUGUCUUGUAUUCAUUUUAUCACCUGAGCUACCGUGCUAUUUCUACCAGGGGCUGACAGGAGUUGAAACUCAAUUUCCAGUGUAUCUGAAUACUCCUCUUUUCCAUUUAGAAGUAUUUCAGUCUUUUUUUUUAAGACAUUUAAAACUUAAAUGAUGCUUGGACAAGCUGUAAAUGUAUAUAGUUUUCUCAACAAUCUUUGGAGAGGUCUCUCCUGGCUUUCUGAAUGUGUUAAGGAAGUGGCUUGAGAGCUGCCCGAUAACUUAAUUAAUUCCCUGUUUAACAUAAAUAUUUAUUUUUAUACUCAAAUCAUUCCUCCUUGCGUAGCAAGGCCUGAGCUGGCUCCAAUCACACCUGGCACUGCCAGGCUGGAUGGAACGAACCCAGGUGUCUUGGGUUGAUCAGAGGAGCCGGGAGUCCAUUGUGACCACGACCAUCUCCACACAUGGACCUUGGAGAGGUUACAACUGGGUCAGGGCAGCGAGACCAAGCCAGGAAGAAUGGGAUUGUUUGACACCCAGCUGGUUCCUCCUGCUGCUCCCGUAUGCCUUGGGAUCCAGGCCACCAGGUAGCCAGAGGUGCUGCUCCUCCAAACCCACCUGGCUGGGGCUGUAUAACAGAACCUGGAGUGGCUGCAGGCUCAGGGAAAUCUCAGCUCCACAGGCGAAUGGGUCCAUUUCUCAGGCUCGGGCAAAGGCGCCAGGAGCUGGGAAGGUCAGAGAGUCUGUGACAAGGUCAGAACCGCAGGGGGGAUGGGUCAUGGGUCACUUGAGGGUUUAAACUAGUGCAAAUUAAAAGGGGGGGGGGGAUUCUCUUGAACCUGAAGUUUUUAAACCAUGAUUUGAGGACAUCAGUAACUCAGUCAGAAGUUUGGGAUCUAUCACAGGGGUAUGUGGGUGAGGUUUGUGGCCUGCAAUGUGCAGGAGGUCACACUAGGUGAUCAUGAUGGUCCCUUCUGGCCGUAAAGUCUAUGAGAGGUAGGGGAGAAAAGACAGGAGAGGGCAGAGGUCUUCCUCUGAAGUAGAUGGUACUGGCCACAGGUUGGGAGGAGAUACUGAGCUAGCUGCAAAAAGAAUAGGAGUACUUGUGGCACCUUAGAGACUAACAAAUUUAUUAGAGCAUAAGCUUUCGUGGGCUACAGCCCACUUCUUUGGAUGCAUAUAUCAUAUAUAUUGAGCUAGCUGGACCCUCAAGCUGGUCUAAUGUGGGAAUCCCUCUUCUCUCAUCCUCCACUGGCCACUAACCAAACAGAAUCCACGUGGCAAAAAGAGAGAACUGCCUUAAUCCAUGGAGAAAGGCAAUAUCACACAUCCAGGUUGCUGGGAGGGGUGUCUUCAGCUAGGCAGCUAGCUAGCUAGCUAGAUAGAUAUGUAUGGGGAAAGAAAGAAAGACCUCUGGAACCUAGUAAAUGCAGCCCAGCCCUGUAACCUUAACUCUGCCCUCUUUGAGUGAUGGUUGUGGGUGGAGCUGAUGUGCUCCACUUAAUUCUUUAAUUUGUGGUUUCAGGAGCAUUCGACGUUCUGCCAGAGGCUGAGGCAAUUCCAGGAUCGAUGACCAAUUUCUUCAUCAACUAGCCACGGAACCAAGCAGAGGAGAUGCUGUGUUAGACUUGGUUUUGGUAGACGCCGGGCCAGGGGCAGUGAUGGCUCCGAAGGGACCACACCCCAUGCUGCUGCUGGCCCUGGUGCUGCUGGCUGGCUGGCUGGCCCAGCUCGGCCAAGGAGCCAGCUACCCACAGUUCCUGAGGCAGCACGUCGACAACCCCAAGACCAGGGCCCGGAAUGACCGGUCCUACUGCAACAUGAUGAUGCAGCGCCGAGGCAUGGCCAGCCCCUGCAAACACACCAACACCUUCGUCCAUGCCCCCGCCAGCCAGCUCCAAGACGUCUGUGGCCGGGCAGGCCGGCGGGCCGGCCGCAACCUGCACGACAGCAACAACCGCUACCGCAUCACCACCUGCCGGCUGGCUGGGGGGUCGACCCGCCCGCCCUGCAACUACCGGGGGCACAGCAGCACCCGCCGGAUCCGCGUGGCGUGCGUCGGGGGCCUGCCUGUGCACUAUGACAGGACCCUCUAGAGCCGGGCAGCCAGCCCCGGGGUGGGAGCCAGGGCGUCCUGCUGCUUUCGCUCUCCACGGACACUUCCAUGGCUGGGGGCUCCCCAGCUCCGUCCCUGCCCCCUCCUGGACCCACCCCCCGCGCAAGGCACCUGACAUGAGAUCCAGGAACUGGGGGGGCUCAAGCAAGGCAUCCGAGUCCAUGGUGAGGACCCAGACAUCAGACUGACCUACCAUGCCAAGUGCUCAGCUAAUGCAGCUUCCACUGAGUCCGCAGUGUGGAAAAAAACAGCCUCCUGGAUGUCUAGUGCCCCACGAUUUAUUGUAAUCCCCAUUGAUCCUUCUGCAGCUGCUUAGAGUAGUCACCCCACCCCCACCCUCUGCUGCCCCUAGUGCCCAUUAUACAGUAUAGCCGCC